AUGGCCAUGGCCCAGUUAGCUGAAAACCUCAGAGAAGAGCUGACCUGCUCGAUUUGCAAGGACUACUUCAACUGCCCAGUGACCUUGAGCUGUGGCCAUACCUUUUGCCGCUUCUGCCUCCUCAAGACCUGGGGAGCAGUUGACCAACCUUGCCCUUGUCCCGAGUGCCAAAGAAUCUUCCAGUUGAGAGACUUCGAGUACAAUCAUAAUCUAGAAAAGUUGGCCAACAUGGCCAGGCACAUCAAACCCCACUUGAUGACAAUUAAAGAGGAAAGUACGUUAUGUAGCAGACACCAGGCAGAGCAAAAUCUAUUCUGUGAGGAGGACCAAACUCUCCUUUGUGCAUUUUGCUUUCAAACUCCAGAGCAUAGGAGGCAUACAGUACAAUCUAUAGAAAAGGCUGCAGAGGAUUCUAGGGACAAGCUCCAAAAGGCUUCACAUCUUUGCUGGAAAGAAAUCGAGACAAUUGAGGAAUUGCUGAAUAAAGAGAGAGAGAAAGAGUAUAAUUGGAAGGAAAAGGGCCAAGUUCAGAGGGAAAGUCUGAGGGCUGAAUAUAAAAGAUGCCAUGAAUUGCUGAUUGAAGAAGAGAAGAAUCAUCUUCACUUGGUGACCAGGAAGGAAUAUGAUCAUCUGAAGUAUAUAAGAGAAAAUGGGACCAGACUUUCCAAGUACCUUCAAAGCUUGAGAGAAGCAAUUGUGCUCAUAGAACAAAAUUAUCAGAAACCUGAUAUCCAGCUUCUGCAGGUGGCAGAAAAUAUACAGACCAGGUGUGAAUCACUCUUGGAUUCCUGUCCAGAAACUGUCACCACUCCCAGGAUGUUCUUUUCUUACACUAUGAUGUGUGAUAUGCUGACAAGCUUCAAAGAGAAUGUGACCCUGGAUCCUGAAAGUGCCUGUCCAUAUCUCAUUGUGUCAGAUAAUCGGAAAAGUGUUGUACAUAGAGGCUACCAACAGGCUGUAACUUUCACACCUGACCGAUUUAAAGAGAACAUCAUUUUGGGGACUCAAGUCUUUCAAUCUGGAAUCCACUACUGGGAAGUUAAUGUGGGAGACAGUAGGCAAUGGACAGUUGGUGUAUGUAAGGCAUCAUUGAGGAGAGAUCCUGUCCCCUCUGCUAAGGAUAUAUUCCUUCUUUCAUGUAUUAGGAAUGGAAAUCAAUAUACUAUAAUGACUACUCCUCCCAACUUCACUCAUGAUGUUCAUGGUCCUAUCCUCAGCAUUGGGAUUUUGCUGAACUGUGAUGAAGGGUCUGUCUCAUUUUAUGACACUUUCAAGAAAUGCUUCAUGUAUCAGUUCCCUCACAUCCCCUCCCCUGCACAUCUUCAACCUUUCUUUUCUCCUUGUCCUCCAAUAAGAGAAGAGAUUGGGAUUCCAAUGACCCUCAAGUAUAUUUGA